UAAGACUUUGCUAUGCCAAAAAAAAACUACAAAGUCAUAGAAGAUUUGGGAAUCUAAAAAGAGACAAAAGCUGCUAUAUAUCUCUCAUAAGUGAGACAAACACUUUUACCAAUCAAACAACUAAUGGCUCUUUCACCCAUUCUUGUUCCUCUCCUUCUCAUACCGAUCUUUCUUGGUUCGGUUUUCGCCAUUUCACCACUCAAAACCGAUACACUGAAACCGGGACAGCAGCUCAGAGACUGGGAGCAGUUGAUCUCUGCCGGUGAGGCCUUCACUCUCCGGUUCUUUACACCUAGAGAAUCAUCUACCUUCUUACUUGGCUCAGCUGGUCUUAGGUAUAUUGGUAUCUGGUCUCAAAGUGAUCCAGUUUGGGUGGGUAACCCAACCGAACCAGUUUCUGAUUCAUCAGGUUCUCUAUCCGUUGAUACCAAUGGUGCUCUCAAGAUCACAAGGGCAAAUGCUUCUCCAAUCAUGGUGAGCCCACAUCUUUCCUUGGCCGGUAACGUCUCCGCCACGUUACUCGAUUCUGGAAACUUCGUGAUCCGAGAUACAGGACGAGGAGGAAGAGGACCGGGCCGGGUUCUAUGGCAAAGCUUUGACCAUCCCACCAAUAUAUUACUUCCAGGAAUGAAGAUUGGGUUUAACCUAAAAACCAAGAAAGAAAUUUCGGUUACUUCCUGGACAAGUAACCAAGUCCCAACCCCAGGAGCAUUCAGACUAGGACUAGACCCUUCAGGAGCUAACCAGCUACUCGUCUGGCGCCACGGUGAAAUCUACUGGUCCAGUGGAAUAUUGACAAACAACGGAAGCUCUCAACUAGCCUUAGAGCUAUCCAGAAGAUACAAUAUUGAUUAUGAGUUCAAAUUCCAUUCAGACAAGCGCAUGAACUACUUCAGUUACUCAGUCAAGAAAACUAAAGGCUCGGUCUCUUCCAGCUGGUUCUUGGAUACUCUAGGCCAAAUCACUGUUACAAACAGCUUCAGGAGCAGCACAUGCGCCGGCGGGACUUCUGAAAGCAGUGGACCGUGCAAGAAGGAUUUGAAGAGCAGUUCAGCUAUCUGCAUCGCAGAGAAGCCAACGGCGUGUAGGAAAGGGUCGGAGUAUUUCGAACCUAGAAGAGGGUACAUGAUGGAUAAUGCUUAUUAUGGUGAUGGUUUGAGCUCUGGGAUAAGUGACUGUCAUGGAAGCUGCUGGAGAAACUGUUCUUGCAUAGCUUUUCAAAGCUUUCCUAGAGGACAAUGCCAUUAUUGGGGGAAAGGGUCAAAGUUUGUGCCUUAUGAUAGCUUCAAUGUCGAGCAAAUAGUGUAUGUUCUAGAUUCUGAAAUUGUAAAAGCAACUAUGUAACAAGACUAAUAUCAAUAAAUGGUUUUAAUUUUA